ACAACGAAAUGUUCAUUCUCCUUCUAAUCAUUCUUCCUUUAAUAUCAGCGGAUAAUAAUAAUAAUACGUCAAUUAUCUAUAUUCACGAAGAACUUCCGCCGAAUAGUUUAUUACUGUCUUCGAUAUCGUCGACGAAUAGUCUACAAUGGUUACCAUCGUCUGCGACAUAUCAAAAAUAUUUUCGAUUAAAUCAAAACCAAUCAUUGUCAACAACAAAUGAACGCAUUGAUCGGGAAGAAUUUUGUGAAAAAAAUCUUUGUAAUUGUUCGUAUUGUGUAUUAACAUUGAACUUUUUACAAACGUUUGCAACAAAUAACAUCUCUAUUCGAACAAUUCAAAUUGUCAUCGAAGAUAUCAAUGAUCAUUCUCCAGUGUUUAAACAACCGUUGAUUAAACUUCCCAUUGCAGAAAAUGUUCCAAUCGGCUACGAAAUUCCGCUCGAACCGGCAGUUGAUAGUGAUUAUGGAUCAUUAUCAAUCCAAAACUAUGAGUUACACCCAUUGAUUAACAACCCAUUUCGUUUAAUUAAAUCUGGCAAACCCGUGUUGAAACUUGUUGAACCAUUAGACCGUGAAACAAAAGCAAAUUAUUUGUUACAAUUAAUUGCUUAUGAUGGUGGUUCACCACCUCUAUCCGGUCAACAAAAGAUCGAAAUUAUCGUUACUGAUGUGAAUGACAAUCCACCUGUUUUCGAUCGCUCGAUAUACCAACAAUCGAUCCCCGAGAACGAAAAGACCGAUUCUGUCGUCCUACAAAUUCAUGCCAGUGAUCGCGAUGAAGAUGAAAACGGACGGAUUUCCUAUUCGAUCGACGAUCCAUCAUCAACGUUUCGUAUCAACGAACAAACAGGAGAAAUCUUCCUACUCAAAUCAUUAGACUACGAAAAAACACGCUCCUAUUCAAUUUCGAUUACAGCUCGCGAUCAUGGUGUACCCCAGCUGAAUAAUUAUGCACAAUUAAUAAUCGAUGUCACAGAUGUAAACGAUAAUACUCCGAAUAUCUUGAUCACUGAAAUCAAUGGUACCCAUCACAAUGAUCAGCCAAUUAGUUUAUUCGAAUGUACACCUAAAGGUACUUCGUUGUUUUAUGUCUAUGUCACUGAUGAAGAUUCAGGUGAAAAUGGUCGCGUUAGUUGUACAUUGAAUGAUACACAAUUGAACUUAGUUUAUUUAACAUUAAAUGCUUAUUCAUUACAAAUUAGUGGUUCACCUGCAUUCGAUUAUGAACGUGAACAAUCAGUCGAUAUCGAAUUAAAAUGUACAGAUCAUGGUCUUCCAAGUUUAUCAAAAACAGUGUUAUUUCACAUUGAAUUAGAAGAUUGUAAUGACAACCCACCGGAUAUUAUUUCUCCGUUACCAUUUAAUGAAACAAUGCAAGUGUCGUAUGAAAUAACUGUCAUCCCAUUUGUGAUUACACAAUUUGUUGUCGAUGAUCGAGAUCGAUUUCAACCGAAAAACUUUACUUACUCAUUUACAGUUACACCAUCAUUAGAUUUAAGUUUAACAAAUAAUGGCACGUUAAUACUCAACUCAAUGCCAUUUGCUCUGGGAUUAUACACGAUAAAUGUAACUGUGUCGGACGUUGGAAAUUUAACUACUUCGAUGACCAUACCAAUGAAUUUCUAUUCGAUGAACGAAACAAAUAUAAUUGAACGAUUUAGCAUGAAGAACACAAGCUUAAUGUUGAUAUUUUCGUUAUUUGUCAUUAUUUUCAUCGCUUCGGUACUCAUUGGUACAUGUUUUCUCAUUGCGUUUCUUUUACGACGCCGAAGAAAGCAACGACAUUUGUGCUUAUGUUGUCAUUCAUGUUUUAACAUCGAAGAAAAAUCCAUUCGAAACUCUUCAUGUGAAAGUAUGAAUAGUUCAAAUGAACGAGCAGAUUCAUCACAAAAAACAACCAUUGAAGUUCUUGAUGAUGGACGAAAUUCAUCCAAUCGUAUCUACCAGUAUGGUGUCAAACAAGCGAAUGAUCUGAGUUUGAUCAAUACUCAUAAUAUUCAUCAGCAACGUGAUUUCAACUAUUCAGAAAAAGUGGAACGGUAUUUAACUCAUUUAAGUCAUGGAAUUCUCGGUGUUGAUACAACUCUAUCUGACGAAGGUGUCUAUGGUUCGUCAGAUUUAUCGUCAGAUCAAUUGCAUCAGCUAAACAUGCGUCCACCAUCGGUUGUAUCAAUUCCAUCGUCACAGCAACAUUAUCAAGAUAGUCUAAAACGUUUUGAACAAUUGUAUUCGUUGGUUGAGCAUCGUCAACCCACUGCAUUUACGUCAGAUAGUCUCUAUGUAUAA